UCUUCAAGUAAACUAUUCCCGACGAAAAUGGCUCGGUUCGGUGCGGUCAUAGCCAUGGCUCUAUGUCUCAGCAUCUCCGUCCACAUGGACACGGCCACGGCUCAGCUGAGUCCUAACUUCUACUCGAAGACAUGUCCCAACAUUCAGGAAAUUGUAAGAAAUGUGGUCAAGAGAAAGGUGAAACAGACCUUUGUCACCAUCCCUGCCACUCUCCGCCUCUUCUUCCACGACUGCGCCAUCAACGGAUGUGAUGCAUCGGUUUUGAUUCAAUCAACACCGAACAACAAGGCCGAGAAAGAUCAUCCGGACAACUUGUCAUUGGCUGGAGAUGGGUUUGACGUGGUGAUACAAGCCAAGAAAGCCCUUGAAGCCAAUCCCCGCUGCCGUAACAAGGUCUCGUGUUCCGAUAUCCUUGCCUUGGCUACCCGUGAUGUCGUCGUUGAGGCCGGAGGGCCGUUCUAUGAAGUGGAACUUGGAAGGUUCGAUGGGUUGGUGUCAAAGGCGGCCAGCGUGGAAGGGAACUUGCCGAAACCUACGGACAAUCUCGACAAACUCAAUGCCAUCUUCAGUAAAAUGAAACUUAGCCAACAGGACAUGAUUGCUCUCUCGGCGGCCCACACCGUCGGAUUCGCACACUGCAGCAAAGUGUUCAACAGGAUCUACAGCUUCAGCCGGACCAGCCCAGCGGACCCCACGCUGAACAGGGCAUAUGCCAAGGAGCUUCAGAUGGCCUGUCCGAGGAACGUGGACCCAAGAAUCGCCAUCAACAUGGACCCCACCACUCCGAGGAUCUUCGACAACGUCUACUUCAAGAAUCUCCAACAGGGCAAAGGCCUCUUCACCUCCGACCAGGUUCUGUUCACCGACCGCCGUUCAAGACCGACCGUCGACGCUUGGGCCAAAGACCCAAAAGCGUUUAACCGGGCGUUUGCGAUCGCCAUGACCAAGCUCGGCCGCGUCGGCGUCAAGAACCGCUUCAACGGCAACAUCCGUCGCGACUGCGGUCGGUUUAACUAAAUAUGAUUUGUCUUUUUUUGGAAUCCAUUUUCAGGACAUCGAAAUUGGUCUUACAAUUGUGUUCCGACGGUUGUCGAAUUUUCAGCUUUUGAAAUUGGUCACUUGUUCUUCUUCCUAUGAAAUAAAUGUAUUAUUGUGCUU